AUGUUGAAGAUCGCGACUUUUGCUGUGAGAGGCCUGCUGCUCCUCUUCAGCGCAGUGGUACUAGGUCUCUCCGUCACCCUUGCCAAACAGCAAGUAGUCGGCUCGCCUCCCUCAGAGACGUCAUUCGGAAGCUUCUGUGGCGCUUUUGGUAUCCUGAUCUCACUCAUUGGUCUCGGUGGCCUAUUCAUCGACAAGAUUCCUCCAGUAGCAUUGAUGGCCGUUGAUGGCCUUGCCUCGGCUCUCUACCUCGCUGGUGCUAUUGCCCUGACUGUCGCACUGAAAUCGGUCCCCAAUUGCACCGAUAAUGAUGACUACAACAAGUUCCAGCGAUACCAGAACAAACUCAUCAACGGCGGAUGUCAGGACGUCGCCGGGAGCCCCGUCUGCCCCGGCGCCAGAGACGACAAUGUGCUCAAGGGUCGUUGCCAGCGCGUGCAAGCCGACUACGUGUUCGAGUACCUCGCUUUCAUCUUCGGUGUCGGCAUGGUCGGCCUAUCAUUCUUCUUGAACCGAAGCGGAGGUAGCCGAACUGCUGCCUACGUUUAA